GCGCCCUCGCUCGUCCUAUUAGUUGCUGUGCAGGCCCGCUCUACACUUUCUCUUGAUCGAGGGAAGCGUACGUUUCUCGCGAGCGUACCAGUGUUAUAUAAAACGUAGCGUCGCGACGAUGGCUGAAUAUCAUCGAAAAAGAAGUUCCGUUUCCACGUACUUCAAGCCAUCGUGGGAAUCGGACUACUUCUUCAUAGAGCACGAAGGCGUGCCGACCUGUUUGAUAUGCGGGAAAAAAUUGCACCAAGUGAAAAAGUACAAUCUGCAACGACAUUUUCAGUCUAUGCACGGACAUCAUGCGCAAUUAGCUGGUGAAGAACGCGAAGCAGAAGUCGCGCAGUUGAAGCAGAAAUUCGUGGAAGCGGAAGUGGAGGAAGAAACGGUGUCGUCGUGUAGCGAGGCAGCCGUGCGAGCGAGCUUCGGAAUUGCUCUUGAAAUCGCGAGAUCGUCGCGCAGCUACACGGACGGUGAUGUUGUGAAGAAAUAUUUGGUGAACGCCGCGGGUCAAUUGUGCCCGACAGAAGUACAGACAUUCGAAGCUAUCAGUUUAUCGAGAAUGACCAUUGCUCGUCGAAUUCAGUCAAUGGCCAGCAAUGUUAUGGACCAGUUAAGACAGUUGUGUGCUACUUUCACUGUGUAUUCUUUAGCCAUCGAUGAGGGCAGUGAUAUAUCAGGCACACCGCAAAUAGCCAUUUUUAUUCGUGGUGUGAACAAUAAUUUACAAGUGACAGAGGAAUUGUUGGAUCUGGUACCAUUGAGGGAUGGCGUAUCCGGGGAGGACAUCUUUUCCUGUGUCGAGGAAAUAAUAGAAACCAACCAAUUGGACUGGCAUAAACUCAUCUCUGUGGCGACCGAUGGAUCUCCAGCCAUGGCUGAUAACAAUAAUGGUUUUGUUGGUCGCCUCAGGAAGAAGUUAAAUGAAUUAGGCAGCGCGAAGAAGUUGAUCGGAGUGCACUGCCUCAUUCACAGACAGAAUUUAUGCUCGAAGAAUGUGGAAAUGUCAAAUGUAAUGUCUGUGAUUGUCCGUGUUACUAAUUACAUUAGAAAUCAUGGUGUAAAAAGACGACAGUUUCGUGCGUUCCUGGAAGAAUUAGAUUCAGAGUAUGCAGACUUGCCAUAUUAUACAGAGGUCAGAUGGCUAAGCCGGGGGAAGUUAUUGGAACAAUUCUAUAAUCUUCGAAGCGAGAUAGCCACGUUUAUGGAAGCAAUGCAAAAUCCUGUACCAGAAUUGAAGGAUAAUGAAUGGCUAAUUGAUUUGGCAUUUUUGACCGAUUUAGUUCAUCACUUGAAUAUGCUGAAUCAAUCAUUGCAACGGAAAGGUAUGCUCAUAGUAGAAUUAUACGACACUAUUCAAGCAUUUCAAAUGAAAAUACAACUAUGGAUAGGACAAUUACAAAUUGGAAAUGCUUGUCAUUUUCCAAAAUUGAAAGCUGCUGCAGCAAAUCAAAGUUGUUUCACAAAAUAUUGCUCAGUUUUAGAUUUACUUGAACAAGAAUUUAACAGUAGGUUUAAGGACCUUCAAAGUUUAAAUACAGAGUUUAAUAUAUUUGCUACCCCAUUUUCAGUUAACUUGGACACAGUUCCACCAGAAAUGCAGCUCGAGUUGAUUGACUUAAAAUGUGAUAGAAUGUUAAAAACUAAGUUCAAUCAAGCAGAAUCUUUGAUGCAUUUUUAUACAAGUUUUUCACAUAUUCGUUUUCCACUGUUGUACAUUUUGGCAGGUAAAAUAUUAUGUAUGUUUGGGUCCACCUAUGUCUGUGAACAGUUAUUUUCAAAUAUGAAAAAAACAAAAUCUAUUCACAGGACAGGAUUAACUAAUUAUAAUUUAAAGUGUUCAUUGAUAUUGAGCUCGUGCCAAUCAAUUGUUCCAGAUAUUAGUCUAUUAAUGGAGCAAAAAAGACUACAGACAUCAUCUAGACGACUGUUCAGUACAGAAUAGCUGGCUUAUUUUUAACAAUACAUUGUCAUAAGUUUGAUGUAAUAGUAUUUUCUGUUAUGUUUACCAUCAUUUGUUAACUU